AAGCUAAGGCAAAAGGUAGGGGACAACAGCAUGAUAGUCAAAGGUGUGAAACAGAACAUUCUUAAUUUCAUAAUUUGAGCACAGAUUUUGGGAAUUGCAGUGUUGUGGCAAUCAUGGAUAAGAAAUAACUUAAGGGUAUACUUUGUCAAAGCAGACAGUAACACUCACUACUGUACUGUAUGCACUAAAAGUAUUAAUAUGGAAAUGAGGAGAUGGAGGUGCAGGGCAAGAGUGCUGUGGUUUGUGACUGAAAGGUCCUGGGAGUAAUUUGCUUGGUGUUGAUAAAUGCCUUAUGUAAGAGGGUUUGGCAUAACUAAGGUCUACACCUCCUAGGUAUAUAGUACAGGGUUUGAUUCUAGUCUUAGGUUAUUGGCUAGUCUUAAAAUGCCCUUCAGGGCAGUUAGCCUAAUGUUCAUCUCUUAAGAUGAUUAUUGUGUAUUCAGCUUCGGAGACAGCCUGUGUCCUGAGAUUUGCUUUUAUUGUUGGAAAAAAAUGGAGGCUUCUGUUCUACAACCCAUCCAACAUUUGAGAUCAAACAAUCCAGGUCCAGUCCCAGUGUAAAUUUCACAAUCAGGAAAAAAAAAAAAAAAAAAAACAGAAGCCAGUUUCUCAGCUGUACGCCAUUAAAGUAAGAAUCACUGAAUGAAGAUGGAGCCACUACCUGGAGAUGAUACUGUCUCUUCAUGGAGCACUGAAAAUCUGAUCACUUGUAUUAUUCUUGGUAUGGCAUUUGUUAUUGGAAUGCCAGGGAACUUGUCAGUUAUUUGGGUUAUUCUACAAUGGGUUAAGCAGCAAUCUCCAACAACAGUACUGAUAUUAAACCUAGCUAUUGCUGACUUUGUUGUUCUGACCACUUUGCCUCUUUGGAUUUACUCCUUUACUGAUGCGUGGCACUUUGGGUUACCAUUCUGCAAACUGUUAACAUACAUCAUUUAUUCCUGUAUGUAUGCAAGCAUAUUCUUCAUCACUGUAUUGGGCGUAGAACGAUUUGUUGCUGUGAUGUAUCCCCUUACACUGCAAAAAUGGAGGAAGAAAACAGUUUAUCUGACAGUUACAUUUAUUAUGUGGGUCUUGGCUUUCCUUUUUGGAAUUCCUAUAAUUCCAGUUCAAGAGUUGAAUGAUGAUGAGAGACCACAGUGCACUUUUCGAAAUUACACAAGUGACCAACAGGAAGUAGCAUGCCUUCUCUUAGAGACAUUAGUAGGGUUUAUUAUACCUUACUUUAUAAUUUGUACAUGCUAUGCCUGCAUCGCAAUAAAACUCAAGACAAUGGCAUGCAAAUCAAGACGAAAAUGCAGUAUGUUAAUUAUCAGCAUAAUAGUAGCAUUUGCUGUUUUUUGGUUGCCACACCACGUGUUUAAUGUUAUAGCAAUUAUCUCAGUGGUAUCAAACAAUACAUUAGAAGAAGAAACUCGGAAUGUGGUAUCUGAGGUCGGAGUAUAUGUCUCUGGUGCACUGGUUUUUAUUAGUAGCUGUAUUAACCCCAUUCUUUAUGCAUUUGCUGCACGGAAAUUUCAACAUAGCAUAAGGCUCAAAAAAAUAGCUAGACUAUUUGAACAGCUGACACAGCAGUCUGAAACAUAUAAGGGAAAUGAAAUGUCACAAAUGUCUAGAAGGACAGAAUCUUCAAAGCAGACUUUAAGUUCCUAUUGAAAAUAUUUAUAGGACCUGACCUGCAUUGUAAAAUGAAACAAUAAAGGCAAAAUGGCUUGAAUUUGAAGUUGAAAACCGAUUUCCUGUUUGACAGGCACAUUGAACACUUUUGUGAUUAAAAGUUUAUUUUUCUCUGCAAUUAGUCAUUUUGUUUUGAAAAUAAACUUCUCUCAUGAAGUAUCAUUGCCAGUUUUAAAACUUCAUGAAAAUUGGGAGGUUUAAGAAGAUGGCAUUUUGUAUAGCGCUUCACCCAAAAUGAGAUCAGUUUUACUGUCUUGGUGGGCUACGUUCCACAUUAACUACUAUCAUUCCAAGUGCUGAUUCUUCCAGUUACUGUUUUCACAGCUGCUCUUGGCAAGUUACAUCUUUGUGUUCUCUGAACCUUUAAUGGUGAAUCUAGAACUUUUCAUAAAAAUGACAACCAUGUUCAUGUUCUAAAUAAAUGGCAAUAUAUCUGUGACCAUAUAUUCCACUCAAAAUUUAAAAGCAGCAUAGUUGUUCAUAACAAUGACCUCCGACUAGCUGUUCAGGUUGUGAAAAUCCAAAGCAUAAAAAAUUUCAUUUUAAAAUUAGCUAUACAUAGAGACGAAGUCAUGUUACAUAAAAUUCUAAAAACAAUUUAAAGAUUCGUUCAUUGUUUUAUAUCCAGUAGCUGACUACAUCAGACAUUGCUCUUAAAAUCAAAUUAGCAAAAUGAACAGUCACAGAAUGCAAAUAUGCACGGCAGAAAAAAUAUAAACUGUUUUUUAAUUAUGGUUUGCAGCUUACCCAGAAGGUAAAGAAAAGGACACAUUAAAAGAAACACUUAGACUGUAUCUGCCAUCAGAAUGAAGGAUUCUAUUUUAUUUAUCUGAAGAUGGAAUGAACUACUAAAAGUGAGGGGAUAAAAACUAUUUUCUGCAUUAUCUGCAUUAUAACUGUUUAUAUUUUAUUCCCAGUGUUGGACCUCUGCAAUGUGUUAUUAUUUCUCAAAAUGUUAAUUUCAUAUUAUUAAAUAUAAGUUCUCCAUACACUUUCCAGACCAUUCAAAACUUCUCACUAUCCUAUUUUUAUCAUGCCUUUUAUUUUACCUAUUGUAAAUAUUACUGUAAUAGUAAACAUGCAUCCUUUCUCUCUUAAACCAUCAGAAAUGUGACUUAUAUAAAUGCAAAAAAAAAAUGCUGCAGAUCGUAUUACUUUGAGACUGUGAGUACUUUUUCAUGUACACAAAUUAUUAGCAUGGAUU